AGAUAAAGGCUUGUUUGGAUAGGAAAUAGUAGGAAUAAGAGGAAAUGGAGAGUGUCGAUGGGAUAGAAGUAGAUGAAAGUAUUGUAUUAGAAAAAGAAGCGGAAAAAAUGAGUGAAAUUUCGGGAUAUUGUGAGGAAAAAGGUGAAGAAAAAGGUGAGACGGGGAAUGAUAUGAGAGAAAUGAGGGAAUCGCUUGAAAAAAUGGUUAUUAAGUCGGUUGAUGUUAGUGGGAGUGGAUGUGUUGGUAUUUAUGGGGGUAAUUUUGGAGAUAAAAAGGGAGAAUAUAGUUUUCGAGAUAUAAAAUAUUGUGAACCUAGAGAUUAUGGGAUUUAUGUUAAUGGAAGAGUUAUAUGGAGGAAGGAUUAUGAUGAGCAUUUUGUUCUAUCAACGUUUAUAUCGCAUACUUUGGGGCAUAUAGUACCAACGGAUGAAGAGAUAUGUCAGAAGGAAAGAUUUCGAUUUUUUUUGAGUAAAAUUCUUAAUGCAUGUAGACCAUCUGCGAAAUUGGUUUUAUUUGGGAGUGUAGCGAGUGGACUUGCGAUUGUUAAUUCAGAUAUGGAUUUUUGUGUUAUGGAUGAUUCAUUAGAUUUGCGUACAGACGAAUUUUUAAAAAUUUUUUCUGAAGAAAUUAAAAAAUAUGGUAUGGAAACUACAUUACUUUUUCGAACUAGGAUUUCUAUAAUUAAGGUUAAUAGCAAAGGUUCUUUUAAUUUCCCACAAGGAAUUUCAUGUGAUAUUGGAUUUAAUAAUAAACUUGCAAUAUAUAAUACUAGACUUUUGGCUACAUAUUCUAAAUGUGAUCAUCGUGUAAGGAAAAUUAUUUUAUUUGUAAAAUAUUGGGCAAAAAGACGUAAAAUAAAUGAUCCAUAUCAUGGAACUCUUUCAAGUUAUGGAUAUGUUUUACUUAUUCUGCAUUAUCUUAUAAAUAUUGUCCCAAUUCCUCUUUUACCAAAUUUGCAGCAAAUGAAAGCAACAUCUAGAAGACCUAUAUCUCAAUCAGAGAUUGAAUGUGAAGGGUAUAAUGUUUGGUUUUAUAAAGAUAUCGAUAUUUCUAGUUCUUUUUCAGAUAAUACAGAUAGUUUGGGUAAACUCAUUUAUGGAUUUUUUUAUUAUUAUGCAUAUCAAUUUAAUUGGAAAGAUCAUGUUGUAAGCAUAAGAACACAAACUGGUCUUUUAACAAAGCAAGAAAAAGGAUGGACUCAAGCAAUGGAACGGGUUUUUGUCUCUGAUAAAAUAUUCAAAGACCGUUAUAUUCUUGCAAUUGAAGAUCCUUUCGAAAUUACUCAUAAUGUUGGAAGAACUGUUAAUAAACAAAGUUCUCAUAUAAUUAGAGGUGAAUUUUUUCGUGCUUCAAAAUUAUCUAGUUCAAAACUAAGAAAGAAAAUAUUUAAUGAAUUAUGUGAAGAACGAAUCAUUAUAUAUAAUUUCUUAAAUACAACAUAAAAUCGAUAUAGUCUUUAAUAAUUUUUUUAUUAUAUUUGUAUUCUAA